ACGCUGAGAACCGAGAACAUGACAAUCAAAUUGUUGUGACUGAGAAUAAUAACACAUGGUCUAAAAACGCCAGUGGUGUUGGUGAGGGAUGUGAAAAUGAAAUAGGUACUGUUUCUGAAUGCCAAAUUGGAGUUUCAAGCCCCGAAGAAGGCCCUCAUGUUGGCUGUUGUUCCACAGAAAUUGGACUUUGUCAUGAAGAAGACACUAAAUCAAAGAAAAUUGAAAACACUGAGGAAUCUGUUUCCCCAGAGAUGGAGUGUGAGCCACUCCCAUCGCUUAAGGUGUUUGAAGGUGUGGGUGCUGAUAAAGAUGCAACACAUGGUGAGAAUAAAAUAGCUCUUGAAUCAUGUGAGGAUGAGUACAAACCUCGAGAUUUACCCACUUUGAACUCUGGAAGCUCUUCCCCUGAAGAUGAGCCGUGUCAUGAGACUGUGGUUUAUCCAUCAGUGCUGGAGGAGACGGGUGACCCUGGUGAACUGUAUCUGGAGGAUGUUGAGGUUAAUUGUUUACUAAAUAACUCUCACCACCAUAACCAGGAAGCUGAAUUGGUUUCAGACUCAGACUGUGAAAAUUUAACUGGUAUAUUAAAGGAUGAGCAUGCCGACUGCGCACAUGAUUGUCUGGAAGAUCUGGAUCAAGAUGGUGAUUGUGAGGGUCAGGAUCGCUCUCUCCAUAAACUACAGGUUUUGUAUAACACCGCUACAGAGGAGAACAUUCUCCUACAUGAGAAGAUUUCUCUGCUUCAACAGAAGACAGAAAUACUAGAGAAUCUUCUGGCUCAUAACAGUGAAAAAAUCAAAACUGGCCACCAGAUUUUGGAGGAAAACUAUAGCCUAAAAGUUAAAUUGAUCCUGUUAAUGGAGCACAUCAAAGAGCUAGAGAUAAAGGCCUUAAAAAUGACAGAUCUUCAGAUUCGAUAUGAAGAUUGCAUGUGUGAAAAUGCCAAACUUAAGGAUCAAAACAGUGAACUUGAAAAGAGGGUUUGGAGCCUUGAAAGCAGGAUGAAUAUUCUCCACAAUUUCCAAGAUAAGCAGAUUUCACUUGUGGAUGAGAUCAGCAGGAUGAGGGAAGAAAACACCAAGCUGUCAGAGUUGUUCGGUGAACUGGAGAGGCAUGAUGAGAUUCUUUCAGCCGUGCAUCCAGACGCUGGGCAGUCAGAGAGCCCCACGGAGGAGGAUUUGGUGGAUCUGACCAGUCAGCUGCUGGUUAAAGUUCAGACGGCGAGUGACCUCGAGGAAUGCUGUGAACAGUUUGAGAAGCAGAACACCAAACUUCGCAGAGCCGUCACAGACCUCCAGGACAAGUCGCAGACAUUAAAUGAAACAACACAGAGCCAUAGGUAACGUGGAGAAAAACUAGGAUCCCGUCCUCCCAUGUCUCCCGUGGCUUCUCGUUGUCCCUACCCUUUGGUGCUUUGAUUUUUAAGAGUGCUCCUCCUUUUGUUCCCAAGCACAACAUAGUGCGGUAUGUCCUACAUGUGAUUACCGUCCUGAUGCCCCUAAACCUUUGUGCGGUGCAACAGAUCUUGAUCAACAUUUGUGGUACUUUGAUCCCUGUGGACCACCAGUAGAAAGGCAAAUACUAGCAAGUUUAAUGUGUGUAAUUCAUAGAACAAGCUUCUUUUAAUCAAUAUGUAG